AAGAAGUGGUCCUUCGUGGGGAAAACUUAAUACCCGAAAAGGAAUGUUUACAAGGUGAUGUGAUGGCCAUUAGGGCUUGUGAUAUUUACAGUUAUUUGUGUGUUGCCACCAAAUCGGCAGAAAUGAACAUAAACGACGCUAUAUUUGACGAGACUCAAACGAUCCGGCAGUGAACAGCCCCAUUGUCACAGUUUUUCCUACAAAUAAUCCCAGUUUAUCGUUAUUAAUAUCGUUAACCGUGUGUGGAGCUGUGGAGUGACGUCACAAUGAGGUAUAGAAGACAUAAUAAUGAGGCUGACAAACCAGCAGUGUUCAAUAAAGAUAAUCAGAGGCGAAAACCGGCUGCCCUGUGUUCUAGUGCGUCGUUGGUACAGGAAUUGACAAGUGUAGAAGGAAGUACAUUGAUACGUGACAAAGGUUAUAUCAGGAACAAUAAAAAUUAAUCUAAUUAAAUCCAGUGCUGGAGUGUGAGUGUUAAUGAAUGUGACUUAACGUUUUUAACGUGAGUUGGGAGACGACUGAGUCAACUACAGAUAUGUGGCAUAUUGACGAUAACGAUCAGGGUGAAGCAGAGUAAAACUUGGAAGUGAAGGAAAAAUCACGAUGGCACAGUACUGGCUGAAUGUGGCGAUCCUCAGGGUCGUCAUACCAGUGACCUUUACAGCAUGUGCAGUAUGGCGACCAGCGGGUUUAUCUUUAGUUUAUCUGGUCCUGAUGUUGAUAUCACCCUUGAUAUCAAUUCCCACCUAUGAAACUAUGAAAUCCACAACAGGCCGUUAUCUAAAAUUCUGCAUUGCCUUGAGUUCUAUCACGGCCCUUGCCCAGCUGGCAUUUCACAUCGUCCUGCUGGCGGUGCCGUCUGUAUACGAUGAGUUCGCUGAAAAUUGUUCAUUCCUGGAGAAAUUAUUCAGGCACAUUGGUCUUGUGCGGAUGAAGGAGGCCACCGUUUGGGAGGUUUUCUUCUGGCUCCUCCCGGAAAUUGUUGCACUUCCUGUUGCAAUCGUCGCGUAUGUUCUGUGCAAGCGAUUUACUUGGAGAAAUCCCGAUCCUGAGAGCUCGAAUCAUCGGCCGGAGCAUAAUUCAACGACUAAACAGUUGAUUGAUGCCAAUACUAAGAUCAUCAAUUUCCUAGGCAGCAUAGGCAGCUACAUCGUCCUAGCUUCCCUAUGCUGCGUAUCCUCUCUGAAUCCCUCUGUGGAAGGUGGUUUCUAUUUUCUUAUAUUCCUGGGAGCAGCCACUUGGUGGGCAUGUCACAAAGAGCUCAAGAAAAUCUUCGCAGGUAUCUGCAGGUUGGUGAUGGCUGUGGUAGUUGUACAUAUAGUCGUUCUACUGACGUAUCAGAAUCAGUGGCCACAGGAAUUUAUCCCAGCGAACAGCACUUGGUCCCGAUAUUUUGCUCUCGUACCGUAUUAUGAGACCGACUGUUUGGAUCCCAGGAAUGUCGAUUUUCCACAGAGAGAUUCUGAGUGGGCGAACUAUGGAUAUGCUCUUGGACUCCUCUGGCUUUAUUAUGUACUGGCAUUGCAAUCGCAGUAUAUAUUCAGCAAAACGACACAAGACCUAGAAAACAACGCGCGUUUGAGUGGCAAAUUACGGAAUUUGGAUACACCAUUGUCACGGCACGUUUCAAUCAGGCGAAGAACGCCAUCUCAAAGGUGGCAGUCGGCCCGCAGAAAGGCACGAAAGCUGAAUGUCAGCCCCCCGAAUCAACCUGACGAGAGGACACCAAGGAAUAGAAUACAUGUCAUUGGAGAUUAUACUAACAUGUUGAUGCGAUUUGGGUCCGGAAGAACUGAACUUCUUCAAGACUCGACUGGAAGUGUCAUUGUUCAGGAUGGACAACAUGAUGACAGUAUUCAAAUGCAAUCCAUGAGUGACGGUAAAUCCAUCUCUCCAACCGUAAAUGAACAUGUUCAGAGCGCGCAAGAAGACGAGCCAGGUACAAUCGAGCAAAUCAUAAUGGCCGUCUACUCGGUCUUUCAACUAGUCGCCAACUCAUCCUACCUAGCUACAAAUAUAAUAAUGAUGACCUGGAGUAUAAUGUACCACAGUUGGACGACUUUUGUUUUCCUUUUGUGGGCGCUCAUUCUGUGGAUGGUCCCAGAUAAACGAGCCUCCAUGAUGAGGUGUUCUCCCUUCAUCGUUACUUACGGCACCCUCCUCGUCCUGAUCGGCUACGUCUUCAGCAUGAACCUAACCGAAGAGGAACUUCCCACAGUUGUUGACGGCUUCAGUCUCUCUGAACUGGGAUUCAGCAAAACCGACCAACUCAGCAGUUACCAUCUGAUUGUAAAAUGCGCUUUCAUGGCAAUGUUCUGGAUAACAAUGCGGCAAUAUAUGUCCGAGAAAAUCCGCGAUCAGCGAUCGUCAACCCUCCGAGACAUGGUAGCUCCUCUGCAUGUGACAGUAUCAGCAGCAACAUCUACGAUGCAGCACGACAGCACAGAGAUAAAAUCCAAGUUCAUGAAGGACGUCGGUCGUGUUGUCAAGAAACUCUUCACUAAAUUCUGGAUCGUCGUUGUCGCGAUAAUGCUCUUCACCAGUGGCAUCACCGGUGAUAGAAUGACAGUAUUCAGAAUUAUCUACAUGUCCCUCUUCCUCGUCUUCGUCAUUAGUUUUCAAAUCUCCUGGACAGGCUGGCGAAAGAUGAUGUACGCAUUUUGGAUAACUGUCAUCGUUUACUCAGUCGCAAUGUUGAUCCUUGUCUACACAUACCAAUUCCACAACUUUCCCACGUAUUGGGAGCGUCUCUACAUAGACAAGGACCUUCAAAAUGACAUCGGCCUGGAAACCUACGAGACCAAAGACCUCUUCGUCCGUCUGCUCACUCCAACAUUCUUCGUCAUAAUCACAGUCCUGCAGAUGCACUAUUUCCACAAUGACUUCCUCGAAGCCACGAACAUCGACAAAAUCAGCGUCGACACAGUCUCCAAGAGAGGCAGCCUAGGAAGAUCCACAUCAAUCGCGCCUGCUGUUUCUCCCCUGGAAGUUCUCCUCGGUGAAAACGAAGAAAGAUCAACAAUCUAUACGUUGAAGCAAUUAAAACACAUGUCCAAACUAGAACGAGUUGCGCUCUUUCGAAGAGUCGUAGAGCAAUUAAAGAACGCCUACAACUACCUCUGGCUCUUCCUUGAGAUUCACAUGCAAAAAAUCAUCUACAUCUCUCUGAUGCUCCUCUGCAUCAACGACGUAUGUGCCAUAAACCUAUUCUUCGUAAUAGCCGUUGUCGUCGUAAUGAACUUCAAGAGAUCAAUGCAAAUAAUGGCGAUCAAUGGAAUAGCGGUAGUGGUGGCCAUCCUCAUGGUCGCCAAGAUGUUAUACCAGAUAAAAUACAUCAAUCAUUACAACUGGGAUGUUAAUUGCACCAGUGAGAUUCCAGAUAAGGACAACAACACAUCGAAUCACACUUACAAUAGCGCUGAAUGGAUCGGAUUCAAGAAGGCAGAGCCUGGGAUGCUUCCAGAUCUGCUGAAAGGCUACAUCGGAAUCGUCAUUGUAACAACAUUCAGAGCCAUUAUCAUGGUGCGCCAGUGCUUCUACAGGCAUGGAAAAGGUCAAUCCCUGGACACACCUCAAGUCAUGUUCCCAAGUAUAACUCGAGCCGAUGCGGAUAGGGGCAUUGGCGAUUGCCUCAAAUUCCUCUUCAACUAUGGCUUCUACAAAUUCGGGCUCGAGUUUUGCUUUAUGGCACUUGUCGCCCUUAUCGGCACACGAUUAGACUUCUUCUCGGUGCUCUACGGAGUCUGGCUAUUGAUAAUGUUCGCCCAGAAGCGUAGAAAUAUCGCCAGAAUCUGGCCGUUCUUCAGGAUCUUCGUGAUGAUUCUUCUGCCCCUGCAGUAUUUUUUUGUUGUAGCCCCACCUACCUGGCUCUGUAUCGAUUACCCAUGGCAGGAGAAUCCGAUUCUCACAAGACUUCAAGAAUGGAUGUACUUACCUGAUCCCGAAUCUCCCCCCAAUUCUAAAAAGCUCAUUUGUGAUUUCUUUCUUCUUCUGAUGGUUGUGAGACAGAGUUUAGUGUUCAGGAUUGAAGCAAGGAGUAUCGCUACGGGACAGGAGUUCGUCGCUGGCCACAAUUAUUCGGUGUUCCAGGAUAUGGAGAAACCAAACUUCGUUAAUCCUGUUAAGGAUUACGUUUCGCGGAUACAUUGUUGGCUGGAUGUGGUGAAGAGAGGAGUAAUGUUGAGCUUCUUGUGGAUUACGCUGUCGAUCAUGUUCUUGGCUGGGACUAAGAGGACUAAUUUAUUCUCGCUGGGAUACUUGAUCGGAGCUUUUGUGUUCUUGUGGCAAGGAAGUGAUUUCUAUCUCAGGCCGGUGAAGACGAUAUUAAAGUGGUGGAACCUGCUGCUCGGCUACAAUGUUAUUGUGAUAUUCUCGAAGACUAUUUUGCAAGGUGUGGGAUGUGUGUUGAUCCAGCAAAUGGAAGAGUCCGCCUGCUGGCUGAUUCAGCUGUUGGGAAUAGCUUGUCUACAGAAAUUUGAGGGAUCGAAUCUACCGUUGAGUGCAAGUUGUGAUGUGCCCAGGGAGGAUAUCGGGAUGUUCUGGGAUGGACUGUGUUUUACGUUCCUGAUUAUUCAGAAGAGACUGUUCAAAAGUUACUAUUUCUUCCAUAUUGUGGACGAAACAAAAGCUAUGAGCAUCUUGGCGUCAAGGGGAGCGGAAUUGCUGGAGGAUCUCCAUCGGAAAAGGAUUGAGUAUCAGAUGAAUGUGGAGAAGGCUGUGCUGCAGAAACUCAAGUUCAAGAUGGAUAAGAUUAAGGCGGAUCAGCAGAGGAUUCAGGGGCCCAAUUAUCGGGAACCAGCUGAUCACAAAGUCGAUUCGCUCUAUCCCAGAGACCGGCCGUUGUACAAACACCGCACACCAAAGACCAACAGAGAGGCUGUCAGAUCUGGAGACUACUACAUGUUCGAUGACUUUGACGAUGAGGAGGAUGCCACUGAUCUUCUGCCAUCGCCCGAGGAUCAAAUCGAGGAGGAAGAACGUCGAGAGCGUCAGAGACAACGGGGACGACGGAUGACAGUAUCAGAGCUGAUGACAACCCUGAUUAAGACAGACAUUGAGAUUGCGACGCACGUUGCAAUGUACGGAGGAACCCAGAAGGAUGCGUUGAGGUUGCGACGUCAGAGUGUUCCACUCACUCGCAAGAAAUCGUCAAUGUCAUAUCUCAGCGCACAUUCCGAAACUGAGACUGCCGCGGCAUCCGAUGAAGGCGACAGAACGAGCCUAGUUACUUCCGAGGCUGAAAGGGAGCUUAAAGCUGAUGAUCUGACCAAAACUCCGACUCCUUCUGAUUCUGGAGAACAUUUGGAAGGCGAUGAUGAUGAUGGAGACGGAGAGGAAAAGAAGGGAGCUUCGUUGCUGACGUACUUCAAAUUCAUUCUGGAAUUCAUCAAUAGUUCCAUGGUUUCAGCAACGAGAUACUUGAACAAAUUCUCCAGAGAUUACCGAUAUAUUCGGAAGGUUCUUGCGAAAGAAAAGAAAAUUUUGAAGGCUAAACCAGAUUUUAGGAUGGGCAAGCGACUAGGAAUUAAUCAGAUAUGGCAACCAAUUCCAUUAAUGAAACAGAGUUGGGAGACGGAGGGCGAUACUGACGAGACAACGGACGGUGGUGAGGGUCCGAGUCAGCGAAAGACAGAGGAUCAAAGCUCGAUCCUCACUCGAAUUCAGCAGACCCCUCAGACAGAGGAGGAACAACCAGAGCUCUCCGAGAUGGACCAACCACCAAUAAUUCAACUUCUAGCCUCGAUCUGGUUCGGCAUCCUAGCACACUCAACCUUCAUGUGCUACUUUAUGAUCUUCCUCCACCAGAUCAAGAACGCCUCAGUUCUCUCUAUUCCCCUCCCCCUCAUGGUCUUCUUCUGGGGUUCCCUGACGAUCCCUCGACCAUCGAAAACCUUCUGGGUGACCAUAAUCGCGUACACCGAGGCCAUUGUUAUUGUGAAGUGCAUUUUCCAAUUGGACCUCAUUCCCUGGAAUCGCAUUGUCUCUUCAAACCAUCCUCUGUGGGCUCCAAGGAUAAUGGGAGUGGAGAAGACACCGAAUUACGCCCUGUGGGACCUUCUUCUCUUGCUGAUGGUCUUCUUCCACCGUUUCAUGCUGAAGUCCUUGGGCCAAUGGACGACCUCCUACGUAGCCAGGAAGAUCAUUCCCUCGAAGUUGACUUUAGCUACCACUCAAAGUUCAACUGAUAACAACGGUCAAGAUCCAAUCAGAUUCCACUGGGUGAAUGAAGACCAGGAUAAACAGACUCGAGAGCAACAACCUUCUGAUCCCCCCGAAGACACGACCUCUGAAGACCAACUGAACCAACAAUCUACAUCAGGUCAGGAUCAAGUCCCUCAGACCUCUACAGCCUCCAACGAGGCAUUCGUGGCAGUAAAAGGGGAAGAAGUCCCUGUCUGUACCGAUGCAUUCUCGACAGCAGUAAAUGCUACAGCUCUGAAGUAUCUUGAACCAGCUCAAAACUUCUUCGCCAAUAUUCUAAGCUCCGACGGCAAGGAAAAGACCAAUGUCUACGCCUACAUGUUCCUCUGCGACUUCUUCAACUUUCUCCUCAUCAUCUUCGGUUUUUCAUCCUUUGGAACACAACAGGGUGACGGUGGUGUGGCUGCCUACUUCCAGGAGAACCGAGUCCCCAUGCCCUUCCUUCUAAUGCUAUUGCUUCAGUUCGCUCUCAUCGUCGUUGACAGAGCUCUCUACCUUCGUAAAUCGAUCUUAGGAAAGCUGGUCUUCCAGUAUUUCCUCAUCUUCGGUGUUCACGUCUGGAUGUUCUUCAUGCUUCCCAGUAUAACUGAAAGACAAUUCAAUGAUCGACUGCCACCACAGAUCUGGUACAUGGUGAAGUGUUUCUAUCUACUUCUUGCAGCUUACCAACUCCGACUGGGAUAUCCAACCAGAAUUCUCGGCAAUUUUCUUUGCAAAAAGUACAGUAUCAUCAACUACGCUCUCUUCAAAGUCUUCAUGUUCGUUCCUUUUUUGUUUGAACUUCGAGCUGUGAUGGACUGGAUCUGGACAGACACAUCCAUGACCAUCAUGGACUGGUUCAAGAUGGAGGACAUCUUCGCGUCUAUUUAUCAGAUCAAGUGCAUGAGGGGGGUAGAGACAGAUUUCCCACAGCCUCGAGGAGUCAAGAAGCAACAAAUGAGCAAGUACAUGGUGGGAGGGGGCGCACUCUUUCUCAUAAUAGGACUCAUAUGGUUUCCUCUCCUGCUAUUCGCUCUUGGAGGUACUGUCGGGGUGUCCAACCUCCCUUACGAGGCCUCUCUGAGCAUCAGAAUUGGCUCCUACGAGCCUAUUUACACCAUGUCAGCUCAGGAUACCUCCAUCUUCGCAUACUCCGAGGCUGACUUCAAAACUUUAAAAAGUGUGUACUCCAAGAGCAGAUCUGCAGCAACUUUUUUGGAGAAUUAUGAAGCUACUGAUGUAGCUGCUGUCAGGCUUAGUAGGUCGUCGAAAAAAUUGUGGGCAAUUUCUCCACCGGACAAGGAGCGGCUCAGACUGGAGCUGGAAUCCAAUGCCACUCUGAUGUUUCAUAUAGAAUGGACUGUAUCCAGAAAAACUGAUGUUAAGGAUUCCACUGGGGUUACAUCGACCCCGAGGAAUAUCAAGAUUCCAGCCUGGAUUAAUGGAGAGUUCAAUCCCCUCAGAAAGAAUCUGGCUGAGCUGCUGGGGCCUGAUCCUCCACCGAAUGUAGCCAAUGUAUCCAUUCCAGUGAGAAAUGUCUUCCCGAAGUUUUUAAAAGUCACGAACAGAAUCACUGCUGAGGUACCGCAGCUGAUGAGAAUUCCCAUGUUCCCAGGAUUUGAUGAUAAUGAGGGAACGAAUGGAAAGGAUUAUCUUUACAGAAAUGCAACUCUCCAUUUAUCAACUACUACUGGGAGUCAGAGUGGACAGUGGUGGGUUGUGGAUGAGAACUGCGAUGAUCCGCUGUACAUGAACCUGUUGAAGCUGAUUCCGUUGAAUGACUGCAAUUAUACGUUCAUGUUUCUGUUCAAUGAUAAGGCUUUCCCGGAGGGGUUGAGUUUUAUCAGUGGAUUUGGAAUUUUGGGAUUGUACACCACAGCUGUCAUUGUGGUCAGUCAAAUUAUGAGGAGGGCUGUCAGUGAAAUGGCGCCCAAAAUCAUGUUUGAUGAUAUGCCCUAUGUGGACAGAAUUCUUAGACUUUGUUUGGAUAUUUAUUUGGUGAGGGAGAGUGGGGAUCUCAGCUUGGAGGAGGAUCUCUUUGCCAAAUUGAUCUUCCUUUAUAGGAGUCCUGAGACACUUAUCAGGUGGACCAGGCCUCCCGAGCCUGGGGCAGGGGCGAGGGAGGAGGGGGACGAGGACGAAGAGGAGGAUGAGGAGAGAGAGGAACGAGAUAGGUUGAGGGAUCCCUAGAGUGGGGCAUUGAUAAGGAGAUUAAUUACUCAAUUGAUUGGGUACAUUCAAUGCUAAAUGAACCGAUAUUUUCUCCGUUGAGAAAUUUCUUCUCGAAAUGUCGACCAGUCAGCGAGACUGAUGGAUCUUGAAAUGGGAAUAACAGGAAAGAUUAAUGAUUUUUUAAACUGGUUUGUUGCAUCUGUAAGUGUUUUGAGGAAAGUCUUAGAAAAUCGUUUGGCAUUUUUUAAAUAGAAUUAUUUGUUUAAGGGAUGAAUUAGUAAGUAAUGGAAGUUCAAAAUUGCAUUUUAUCAUUUUACUGUAAGUUAUCAAUCAAAUGCUGAGAGCAAAUCUCUAGUCACUCGAUGGCUGAUUUUGUCUUCUGUAAUUCUAAGUCGCUUAUUGAGACUCAUCAAAAGUCUGCUGAACGUUCAAUUCUUUAUUUAGUAGUGAAAUGUUUAAGAAUAUGAAUUAUUGAGUUGAAUGGAGUUAAGCACUUGGAACAGUUAAAUGCGUGGCCAAAUGUGAACAGCUCACACCGCUGAUCAUCAAUCACCAGACAUAAAUGACAACGACAGUAGUUUGGGAAAUCGUCCAUGAAAAUUUGAAAAAAUUUUAACACACGUCUAGAUUUAAGUUUUGCCUCUCGUUAGUUAUCGUUCAUCAUUGUGCCUCAACACCUAGUACGUAAGUACAUUUAAAAAGUCAUUCAAGUUCAAUAAAUUGAUUUCAAUCAAAUUAUUGAACUUCUCUGCGCCAUUUAAAUUAAAAUAUAUGAAUUAUUCAUUAUUGUUAUAGCAUGUUUUAAUUCCUAAGUUCAUUCACAGGAAUCGCGAUGGCUGAACUGUUUCUAGAAUAGAGCCACGUGAUACUGCCAAAAAUAUCACAAACUCUGUUAAUUUUGUGUUCAUUUUUAUAUAUUUAUAAUGACUGUGGUGAAAAUUAUAACAUCAAUGGCUUUCAUUGACCCACAAUCAUCAGGUCAUUCAUCGAAUCUUUGUAAAUACAAAAAAAAAUCGCCUCAAUAUCAAUUUUGAAUAAAUGAGAAACUUUAAGGAGCGAUUAAUGAUGAAAA